AUGGUAGUAAGACUGCGUCUGGCCCGGUGGGGACGCAAGGACGUUCCGUUUUACCGCAUUGUGGCAGCAGACGCCCGUGCUCCGCGCGAUGGAAAGCACUUAGAAAUUCUGGGGACAUAUAAUCCCAUCGCUGCCAGCGACGGCGUAAAGGAGCUUCGAGUGAACAGUCAGCGUGUACAGUAUUGGAUGUCUGUAGGCGCACAACCCUCCGACCGUGUGUCGUAUCUCCUGGGUCUCGCUAAUGUUUUGCCAAUGCCACCAACUCGCCAGCACACUAAGAAGAAUAUACCCAAGAAGGACCGCGCAUGA